CAGGAAUAACGAAGCAGAUAAUAGAAGCCAACUAUUAUAUAUGGCUUCUGCGCAACAGAUGACAACAAAAUCGAUGCGAGCGCCAUUUUGAUCCAUCUGCGUGUUUUGCGUAAUGUAAUAUACUAGGUCUUUAAUACAUACGCCAUCGUGAUUGCAUUGCGCUUUACAGUCAAACCACUGGAAUUAAAGAUCGCGGAUUAUUUUUUCUAAUUGUAUCGACUUAACAGUGAAUAUAAGCUUGGCUACAACAUGGAAAAGAACAUGCCUCCCCCUUCCUACGCAGCCCAUCCGCCACAGUAUGGGCACCCGUCGACUCAAUAUGGGCAGCCCCCACCAGUGGUGACCGCGCCCCAGCCUGCGUACCAUCACUACCCUCAGCCAAACAACAACAUGUCCAUGAACAACACCGUAGUUGUGCCGUCGAUGGGACCGGCCUAUGGCGGUGGGACCACCAUUAUCAGGACCCAGAGAGGCAAUGACUCCUGUUGCUCUGGUAGCGUGCCAAACUUUGAUGACACGGUUGGCAAGGUUACCGGUCUCAUCAUGUUGGUCGGAGGCAUCAUCACCAUCCUCAUCAUCGCCGUCUCUCUGGUAAUGAGGGAAUACUACGAGUAUAGCGGACUGGGCUCGAGCAUUGGUGCCUCCGUCUUUUUUUACAUUCCAACUGGAAUUCUUGGAGCGUGUUCCUACCAGAAGUCAUCGUGCGUGGUGAUUUCGUUCUUGAUAAUGUGUAUCCUGACUUCCCUCGAGGCGUUUGCAAUGAUUGUAUAUGAAGGGGUAGCCGCUGGAUUACUCUCCUACGACUAUAUCUGUGAAUGGAUCUUCUGCUACUGGGAACAAAACACGGUGGUCGUUGCCAUGCACGUCAUCGCCUGCAUCAUCGCCUUCGUCAUCUUCAUCUCCGCCAUCGUCGGGUCCGUGUACGCCUGCAUGGGGAUGAACGGCUCCGUGGGCGCCGCUCCAGCAACUAUGGUGGUGACUACCCAGCCUGUUACAUUCCACCCGACAGUGCAGUCUACAACCACUACACACACCAGCUCGACCUAUGGCGGAAGCCAUACCGCAACGAACACGACCUACUACUAAAGCAAUCCGUUUGCAAGACAUCGUCAUUUGUGGUCAUCAUCCCAUACAGGUUUCCAAAACAGCUUCAUGAUCAGAUGAUACUGGAAAAAUACUGCAGAAAUGUGAUUAAAUAGAUAAAUCUGUUUACUAAUGAAUGUUUAUGCAUGCAUGAUUCUCUACCUAAACCCAGUCUUGCGCUUGGCGUGCUCAGUCGCAGUAGGUGACUGCAAUCUGGAUGACAUUCUCCAAUACGAAUGGCUUUCAUGAAACCAUCACAAGUACAGAUUCACAGACAUCCCUUUGAAACACGUAAACAAGUACAUGCAUUUCAAUGAGCUAUGUCUGACAACCUUCUUGCAAGCUUUUCAGUUGUCAAAAGAAAAUGUUGGUUUAAAAGAUUGCAUACAAUUAUUAAUUAAAGAUGUUUAUUUCGUCAUAUAUUCAUAUUCUAUUUGCUGUCUUAACUCGGUGCUCAAAUUAUUUAGUUUGCCAUUAUUUUGUUCAUUUUAAGAAGGCUACAAGGCUAACGACGUUUUGGAUAAAAAGCUUGAAUUUCGAGUUGGCACGAAUGAAGGAACAUUUCGUUUUAGGGUUGUGUAUAUUUUGUCAAUUUUUUCUGA